GGCAACAGAUGUGAAUCAAGCGAUCUCGGACUAAUUUUCUGGAAAAAAACACCUAGAAAUGGGCUGAAGCAGGCAAAGAAAAGUUUAGGAAGCAUGAGUGAUUCCGAUCCUGACUUUUGGGACUUGGGAGAGGAAAGCAAACCAGUCGGGAGAAAGAAAGCUCGUCCCAAGAAAACCAUUGGUUUUCCAGAGUAUGCUCCCCAUGUACCUGAAAACAUCAGCAAAGGUGUUACUCCAAGUCUUCCUAACAUUAACCUGAAAGAAAAUAAAAAAGUUCCCGAAUACAUGGUGAAAGGCACUAAGGGCAAGAGAGAAAAGGCACAGAAAGAAAAUGGUAAUGAUAGCACAAGUGAAGAAAAGAGCAGCGAUGACAAUAAUGACAUCAGUGACGAUCUUGAAAGUGAAGAGGAUGCAGACGAAGAUGACUCAGAGGAGGACGAGGAAGGCAACAACGAUCUGGUGCAAAAGAGGCAGGAAGAAACCAAUGGCAGUAGCAGUGACUCCAGUAACCGCACCAGCCUGCUGAGUGGCUCUGACUUGCCCCAGGACUCUCCCAAGGAUGCUGGGCUCACAGAUGAGUCAGAAAAAAGCUCCAAGGGAUCGAGAAGUGAAUCCCAAUGGAUGGUAGAAGAGUACCUUCUUCCUCCGCAGCAGAAACUCAAACUAGCCCUUUAUCGAGGCAGAAAAUUACUAGCAGCCAAGGAAGCUGACGGUGCAGUACGAGAAUUUGUCCGAGCUCAGGCCCUUGCGCGGAUUGUACAUGGUGACCAACACUGGCGUUAUUGCAGAUGUAAGGUGUUUCUUGCACAGGCUUAUCUGUAUCUGAAGGACUAUGCACCUCAGGGGGAAACCCAAGCACGGGAAGCCAUAGACACAAUUGCCGCCCACCUCUCCACACCCCUUGCUCCUUCAAAGAAACCUCAGGUUCAUCAUACCCUUUUAUGGGGCUAUCUGGUGAGUGGUGAAGCACGUACAAAAUUAGGACAGCUUGUUGGUGCUCAGGAAGCCCUAAGCCAUGCUCUCCAUCACACACGGAUAUACACAAGAAUGGUGUCCAAACGGAAAAAGAAACUGACACCCUCACUGACGAUGGACCGAGCUUUGGAUCUACAAGUGAAGGUCUUAUCAGCCCAAGCCACUCUCUACACCAAGAGAGGGAAGUUUUCCAAAGCUAAAGAGAGACUUGAACUAACCAUCAGCACCAUAGAAAAAGAAGGAACAGGAGUUGAAGAUCCUGGUCUGGUUGUCCCUUUGCAACAGCUCGGACAGCUCUUCCUGAACAACGGGGAGGCAGACGAGGAUGCUGAGACUGGCCUGGAAUGUCUGGCCCGUGCAGUGAAUAUUACGCAAGUGAGCAAUCGCCCAGGAAGUGUAGCAGAGUGUGAAGCUCGGGGAUUGUUGGUGGAGCAUCGCCUUCGUCUGAGAAGAAUUAACUCCCAAGAAGCCCUAAGAGAACUACAUAAGCUUUAUCUACUUUAUUCUCGCUUGCAUGGUGAACAGAGCUCUAAAACACUAGCCAUGCAUAAUCUGACUGUCCAGGUCCUACUUCAAGAGGAGGACUAUGAGCAGGCACUUGAGCAGCUUAAAACAAGGCUUAAGCUCUGCCGUGAAGCCCAUGGGGACUACAGCACUCAGGUUUGUGGAGUAUUGCGUCAGCUGUCUCGUGUCCAUGCUCUGAAAGGGGACCUCAGUGCAGCUGCCUCUGCUCUAGACCAGUGUCUUCACGCUGAAAUCCUUAUCUAUGGAUCGUCUUCACGCAGAGCUCAAGCAUCCCGUCUGCGUCUUCGAGAAUUAAUUCAACACUUACCUUUGGCCUUAAGGAUGAAGAUGUGGAGAAAACAUCCAGAGCUGCAGAAUAAACCAAGAUUUAGAAACUUGUAAAGAUAUUUUUUGUUUGAGAGAAAGAAAAAUAUGUUCCUUACUACAGAUGCUGC